AUGAAGACGGGCCCCAGAUCGAACGGUGUCAGGGGCCCUCGCGGUGGGGCGUUGCGGGGAGAGGAGAAAACACACCGUUUCAUUUACUACUCUGACACUGGCUGGGCCGUGGGGGCCGAGGAGUCUGACUUCGAAGGCUGGGCCUUCCCCUUCCCGGGUGUGACGGUGAUAGAGGACUUCGUGACCCGGGAGGAGGAGGCCGAGAUGGUGCAGCUCAUGGACCGGGAGCCCUGGAAGCCCUCACAGUCUGGACGGAGGAAGCAGGGCCAUCGAGGGGCAAGCCCCCUGACCUCAGGGCACGCUGGCCUGGUGCUGGUGACUGUCACGGUCAUGGUCGGGGUAAGGAUCGAGGAGGGUUUCUUGAAGGCUACCAGGUGCAGGAGCUUCCCGCAGCAGCCCUCGCCCUUUGCGGACUAUGGCCCCAAAGUCAACUUUCGGAAGCAGAAGCUAAAGACCGCUGGCUUCAGAGGCCUCCCCAGCUUCAGCCGGGAGGUGGUGCGGAGGAUGGGCCUCUACCCCAUCCUGGAGGACUUCCGGCCUGUGGAGCAGUGCAACCUGGACUACUGCCCGGAGCGUGGCUCGGCCAUUGACCCCCACCUGGACGACGCCUGGCUGUGGGGGGAGCGGCUGGUGAGCCUCAACCUCCUGUCCCCCACCGUGCUGUCCAUGUCCCGGGAGGCGCCCGGCAGCCUACUGCUCUGCUUGGCCCCGUCGGGCUUCCCAGAGGCCUUGGUGGAAGGUGUGAUGGCCCCCAGCAGGUCCGUCCUGUGCCAGGAGGUGGAGGUGGCCGUGCCCUUGCCCUGCCGCUCUCUGCUCGUGCUCACGGGAGCCGCGCGCCACCAGUGGAAGCACGCCAUCCACCGGCGACACAUCCAGGCCCGCCGCGUGUGCGCCACCUUCAGGGAGCUGUCGGCCGAGUUCUGUCCUGGCGGGAAGCAGCAAGAACUGGGGCAGGAGCUCCUGCAAAUCUCUCUCUCCUUCCAAGGGAGGCCCAUGUGA